AUGGGAAACGCCUGCCGAUCCCAAGGGAAGGUCAGUGAGACUGCACCAGCUCGUCCCCCGCCGAUAAAAUUGCAAACGAGCGUAGAGACUGAGUCUGACAAAUCUGAAGACGAGGAGAUCACUCGGCGCGCGGAAGAGCGCCUGCGGAGAAUUCAAACGGCACGCGAAGGAGCUCUGAAGACACUGCGUACAAGCCGUGCCCUUUCGAUGCAUCAUGAACGCCGCGUGCUUUAUAUUCAGGGAACUCGACACAAACUGGGCUUGGAAGACGCUGAGGACGUGAACUUCGGAGGUUUGAGAGGGUCGUUCUCAGACACUGGGUCCGAGGAUGAAGACAAAAAAUCUAAGUCCAAGCCUCCCCCAGGCAAGGGUGCGGACGCACCUUCACCGCCGAACAAGACUAUACAGCGGCAUAAAAGUAUUUUCGGACCGUGUGGAUCAGACUUAACAGACAUCGAGGACUCAGGAGAAGCUCCAUUCGGCAGUAGACUGGAGUCCGGGCCCGCCGCGGCCGCACCUGACGUGGCGGCGCGGUUGGCGGAGGAACUUUUAGCAGAGAAGGGGGCUCAGGAUAAGCAGAAGGAAAGGAAAUCUGUCCGGAUGAGUGUGGGGGGAGAGCCGGAUGAGGAUGUGGCGCCCAAGCAGGACAGAGCACGAUCCUCUUCUCCAGACACGCCACGCACAGAGCAGAAAAAGAAACGUGCGGUAAUUGUAGACCCAGCCGGGUUGGAAUGA